AAGUUUGAAUUUCGAUAUGAUUGUAUUUUUUGCCGGUUCAAAACAUGAGCAUGAAAGAACAGUUGCAAUUUGUUUCUCAGCUCAAUAAUGAUCAAAAAAACAGCAGCCUAUUCCUCUAGAGCUCAUGAUUCUCCUAUCACAGCAUUGGCUGUUUCUUCUUCUGGAAGAUAUGUGUUUACUGGCGCUAAGGAUUCUACUAUCAGGUUGUCGUCAAUAUCAAUGGGUGAUAACGAUGCUGAUGGUAAUCACAGUAAGGAAGACAAUGGGUGCAAUAACAGUAGCUUGUGCUGUGAAGUGCUCAAGUUCUCCAAGAUUGCUUAUUCGCCAAUAUCAAAUAUUGACUUGAAUACUUCAAACACCAAAAUAUUGAUCUCUUCUGGUAAUUCUUUGAUAGUUCAAGACAUUAUUACGAGCAAAAGCGUCAAAAAAAUUUUUGAUAAAAGAAACUGGGUUGAAAAUAACGACUGCAAGUUUUUGAAUGAUUCUCUCAUUGUCUCUGUUAACAAUGAUAAUACUUUGAAUUUUUUUGAUUUAAAGGCAUCAACAGUGAAACCAAUUCAAAGCUAUAAAAAAGCAAAGGAUUCUUUGAACUGUCUUGCAGUUUCUUCAAACAACUACUUGGUUUCCACAGGCUCAAAUGAUGGGAAUGUGUAUCAUUUUGAUUUGCGAAGUGGAUUUUUAUACACUGAUAGACUUUCAAAAGAGUCUGAAACUAACCCAAUCACAUCAAUAUCUUUGUCAAAUGCCUUGCUUAACAAUUCUCUAUAUCCCAGUUUUUGUUUGGUAGGUUCCUUGAACACAAGUCUAAAGAUGCUAGAUCUAAACAUUACAAGUGAUAUCAAUCAGAAAAAGACAAAGAAAAUAGAGUAUUUACAAAGAAACACAGGGACAGGUUUCCAUAUUCUACAGUCAUUCAAAAAGUCUAAGCGAGAUACAACUUACAAGAUUAAAGCCAAAUUUAUUCAAAAAAAAAGUGAUAAUUUUGUUAUAUCUGGGUCAGAAUCAGGCAGUGUUUAUAUUUGGAAUAUAAACCCCCAAUCAUCCUGUUUUUAUCAACUAAUUACAUCUACAGAAAACGAAAAGAACAUAUUUUUGGAUGCUGAAUAUCUUCCUAAUUUUGAUUAUGUAGUAGCCUCAAACUCUAAUGGCUGUCUAUAUUUAUGGGAUCAAAUCUAUUUAAACACAUGAAAAAAUGAAAAGGUACAGAAAAAAAAAUUAUUAUAUUACAUAACUAUUUAUACAAAGUUAGAAUGACAAAGAACUGUUAUUGGG